UUUUUCUCAAGCCAAGUCUCAUAUCACUCAGCCGUAACAAACAAACCAUGUUGGCUACCUCUGCAUGUUUCCACUACUUAGAAACUUUUCUUCUUUUGUGCACCCUUAUGAUCCUUCCCAUUGUUAAACCACAACCACCACUUUCCUUCAACAUAACCAAUUUCAACGACAGUACUGGAAUCGCCAGCCUCAUUGGAUGUGUAGGCGUAGCCAGGAUUGGCAACGGAACUAUAGUACUCACCAACUCACUCAACAACAACAACGACAACAACAGUAGUUUUGAUUUUGGACGAGCCAUCUAUGGCCAACCUAUGCGCCUCAAAAACACUUCUAACGGACAUGUCGUCGUAACGGAUUUUUCUACUCGCUUUUCAUUCUCUUCAUUCUCCAUCGAUGGGUCCACUGAAUCCGAUUUCGGUGAAGGCUUCGCCUUCUACAUGGCACCCAUUGCCUACCAUAUUCCGCUCGGUUCAGGUGGUAGUCGUCUUGGGAUAUACGGUGACAAAGUACACGACCCUACUAACAUUGUUGCUGUCGAAUUUGACACCUUUCAAAACGUUGGUUUUGAUCCACCACUAAACCAGCACGUGGGGAUAAAUAACAACUCUGUGGUUUCCCUGGCUUACGCAAGGUUGGAUAUUGAGGGCAACAUAGGGAAUAUGGGGCAUGUCUUGAUAACUUACAAUGCUUCUGCCAAACUCCUUGCUGUCUCAUGGUUUUUUGAGGGAAGAAAUAGUUCUAGUUCUGCGCCUGAAGCUUCUCUUUCACACCAGAUUGACCUCGGGGAAAUUCUACCAGAGUGGGUCACUGUUGGGUUUUCGGGUGGGAACGGGAAUUCCAAAGGGAAAAAUGUUAUUCAUUCCUGGGAAUUCAGUUCAAAUAUGGAUCUAAAAUCCACUCGUAAUCCAGAGGUAAUAAACAAAGGAAGUGACGACAUAACUAAAUGUAAGUUUCAAGUCAAAGUAGUAGUUGUUGCAGUGACUUGCUCUAUUAUUAUUUUUGUGGUCAUGGUUAUUAGUGCUUCUUGGUUCAUUAUCAACAAGAGAAGAACCGGUGAUGGUUUUGGUUUGGAUCAUAGAGCAGCUAUUCCUAGAAGGUUUAGUUAUAACGAAUUAGUUGCAGCCACCAACGGUUUUGCAGAUGAUGGAAGGCUCGGAGAAGGAGGCACUGGACAAGUUUAUAAAGGGAUUCUGGGCGAUUUAGGGCGCGUGGUUGCAGUGAAAAGGAUCUUUUCUGAUGUUGAAGAUUCAGAGAGAAUGUUUACGAACGAGGUGAAUAUUAUAAGUCGUCUUAUACAUAGAAACCUUGUGCAAUUCUUGGGGUGGUGCCACGAGCAAGGUGAGCUAUUACUGGUUUUUGAGUACUUGACUAAUGGAAGUCUUGACACUCAUAUCUUUGGCAACAGAAGAACUUUGACAUGGGAUGUGAGAUACAAGAUAGCGUUAGGUGUGGCGAGAGCACUUCGAUAUCUUCAUGAAGACGCGGAGCAGUGUGUUCUUCAUAGGGAUAUAAAGUCAGCUAACAUUUUGUUAGACACGGAUUUCAAUACUAAGGUUAGUGACUUUGGGAUAGCAAAGUUGGUGGAUCCAAGAUUGAGGACUCAGAAGACAAAGGUGGUGGGGACGUAUGGGUACCUUGCUCCAGAAUAUUUAAACGAAGGAAGGGCUAGCAAGGAAUCUGACAUGUAUGGUUUUGGGGUAGUUGUGUUGGAGAUAGCAUGUGGAAGGAAGACUUACCAGGAUGCGGAGCAUAAUCAUGUGCCUUUGGUGAAUUGGGUGUGGAAACAUUAUGUGGAAGGGAAUAUUUUGAAUGUUGCUGAUAAGGGAUUGAACAUGGAUUUUGAUGUGGAUGAAAUGACAUGCUUGCUCACUGUGGGACUAUGGUGUACCCUCCAUAACCACAAGAAAAGACCACAUGCAGAACAGGUUAUUAGUGUUCUUAAGCAAGAAGCUACAUUGCCAAAGCUUUCUACAUGAAAUGAGAGUGCAAAUGACGGAGUUACAGUGACGUGAGAGGUCGCAAAUGAGAGUGCAAAAGAGUUUGAGUGAGAGUGAUGACAAUGAGAGGUUUCAAAGUUAUCGGGCUUCAGGGUUUUGGUGGACAAUAUCAAUUUUCUUAAAAAGAUGGAUGUUAAAGAAGUAAGUUAACAUCGAUUUUAUAAAAAAAAAUAGAUGCUGAGUUUUUUUAUGUUUUCAGUAA